GCAAAUUACUUUUAUACCCUUAAGUUGUUUAGGGAAUAAAUUUGGGGAUUUAGGGAUCAGCUUCUAUUGUCUUUGUCUUCUUCCUUUCUUCGUCUUUGUUUAGCAAGAUCUGCAAUUCAUCGAGCAUGGGGUUCUUCGUCAAGCUUUGAAUCUUCUGUCAAAUUACCAUAUUUUGAGGAUAUCUAGGCUUUUAUUUUGUUUGGCAGCUUCUAUCAUCUUCUUCUUCCCCUCUUCGUCUUUUAAAAAUUAAACCUUUUUCAGCAAGACUUGCAAUUCAUCGAGCAUGGGUUCUUUGUCAAACUCUAAAUCUUCUGUGAAAUUACCAUAUUUUGAGGAUAUUUAGGGUUUUAUUUCAUUUUCCAGCUUCUAUCAUCUUUAUCAUCGAGCAUGGCUUCUUGAUUGAUCCCGGACGUUGUUUUUGGUCUCUGAAUUGUUUAGUUUUGUUUGAUAAGUUUGCAUAUGGAAGAAAUUAUUGUUUUCUGAUGGCUAAUUUGCGUUUGAUUUAGCUGCAUUUAUUGCUCAAUUCGAUCUAGAUCUUUGUUAAGAAGACAAAAAUGGCUCAUAUCUGUUGGUUUCAAGGGGUGUUUUGGGUUGCAUUUCCGGAGAAGAUCUGUUCUUUCUGUGAUUUUAAUUGGCAUUAUAUUUUUGUAUUGGAUCUGGUUCGUCUACCGUCACUGUGCUCCAUCCCAACAGCUUUUUCCCUUCGAUUCUCUGGCAAGGUGGACUCUGUUUUUAAAGAUCUUCUCUCAAAGAACACCAGAUCGGAACCCAUUUCAUCCUUCUCUGUUGCCCACGGGACCCAAUCCAAAUGCAAAGCUACAUAUCUGAGUUUAAAGAAAUGGAGAACCGAAAUAAACUGUAAAGUAUUGAAAUGCCAUGAAGAGCGAUGAAAAUAAGAGAAUGAAGCAGAAUUUAUUGUGGAUUUUUUUGUUUUUCCAAUUCUUUACUUGAUGGGUUUCAUGAUAUUUAUAUUAUGAGAUCCAAAUUUUGUGUUAUUGGAAUGGGCAUUAAGGUUUAAUCAUGGCCAAUAUCCAAGUCUAAUUUUUGCAGUAGAUGAGACUAGUUAGAGAAGAUGAACAGUAUGCAUCCUCAACU